UUCGCAACGUUUUUAACGCUCGUUAAUGGCGCACUGAUUUUCGUUUUCGGUAUGCUGAAUUUAGGAUUUUUAGUUCAAUUCAUAUCAGUGCCGGUAACAGUCGGUUUUACGACUGCUGCCGCAAUGACUAUUGGAAGUAGUCAAGUGAAAUCGUUGUUGGGCAUUAAGGGAUCAGCCAAUGGGUUCGUUGAAUCAUGGAUAAGUGUUUUCACGAACAUAAAAAGCACCAAAUUAUGGGAUACUCUACUUGGUGUGUCAACCAUUACUGUAUUGCUAUGUCUAAAGAACCUGAAGUACAAAAAGAGCUUACGUGAUGUUGAGAGUCAAUCGGUUUGGAGGAACGAAUUUAAAAAGUAUUUAUCUUUGGGUCGAAAUGCGAUCGUUGUUAUUUUCGGCACGCUGCUCGCAUACAUCUUGAACGUUUACGAUAUACAUCCGUUUUCAUUGACCGGUCAAGUUGCUUCUGGAUUACCCGAAAUAAAAAUACCUCCAAUGCACACGACCAUUGGAAAUCAAACGCUCAACACCCUCGACAUGAUUACUCACGUUGGCUCGUCAAUUAUUGCACUUCCGUUGAUUUCGAUUCUAGAGAGUAUCGCUGUGGCCAAAGCAUUUUCCAAAGGUAAAACGAUCGACGCCACCCAGGAAAUGUUGGCACUUGGAUUGUGCAAUUUGGUGGGUGCAUUUGUGCAAUCGAUGCCAGUGACGGGCUCAUUUACUCGAACAGCCGUCAACAAUGCGAGCGGGGUACGAACAACGCUCGGUGGAAUAGUGACUGGAGUUCUUGUUUUGUUAUCGUUAGGGUUCUUAACUGGUUCAUUUCGAUUUAUACCAAAAUCCACGCUGGCAGCUGUCAUCAUCUGUGCAAUGGUGUUCAUGGUGGAAAAAGAAGAGAUCAAGGAGAUAUGGCGAUCGAAACGUGUCGACAUCAUUCCCUUCAUUUGUACUUUAGUCGCCUGCCUGUUGAUUUCCAUUGAAUUCGGAAUUAUUAUCGGAAUCGUUGUCAAUAUUUCGUUUGUGCUGUAUUCCAUCGCAAGGCCCGUUAUUCACGUAUAUAAUCGUAAGGUUAUGGAGCAGGAGCUGUUGGUCCUGAUGCCAGAUCAAAGUCUGACAUUUUCUUCAUCGGACCAUUUUAAGUACAAAAUAUUGAAAUAUGUCGUUCAAAAUACACCGAAAAUCAUUGUAAUUGACGGACGCUACGUUCGAACGAUUGACGCAACAGUGGCCAAAGUAAGCUCGAUUUUAAUAUUCAUUCUAGUCAUUUUCCAAUCAUCAUUUUAA